UCUGUCUGUCUGUUGGCGCGCGCGGUAAUUAAUGACGAGCGUUCCGCGGCACGAGCGAGACACACAGGCGGAUGGAUAGAGAGCGACUCGAUGAAGUCACUUAAAGUCGGCCACCGCUACUCGACGAAAGCGGCGGCUCAAGCUCCGAGAAAGGCCGGCGUGGGACCGGCGGUCAAGUCACACGGCGCGCUUCCUCAUGGAUUUUCCCGGACCGCGUCUCGGCGCGACUCCGGCUGGCAAAGUCGCGGCACGGCCGAAAGUGCUGCCCACGUAAAGCUAAAAUUCGUCCAUUCAAAGCGAGAGAGAGAGAGAGAGAGAGAGAGAGAGAGAGAGAGAGAGAGAGAGAGAGGAAGAAAGAGCGCUCGCGCACAUGCGAAGCCCGCUUCCACGAGUGGAAAUACGCGAUAGCGCAAAGCCGCGCGGGGCGAGACGCGCGCGAGAGAGCGCACAGCUGGCCUAAAAAGCCGCAGGAAGCUUCGAGAGUGUAUUGAUGGUGGCAACGUGAGGGGAAAUAUCGCGCUCUGCCGUGUCCGCGGCCUCAACGGCAGCUCUCAACAUGCUGACGACCAUGUCGACCGUGGCGAUCGAGUUCAAUUCCUCCUACUACACGACGGCGAUCGGCAACAGCGCACUCGACGGAUUCUCAGUGAUCGAGCCGGAGAACACCACUUCCGCGCUGUACAUGCUGCCGGCUUACAUCCGGACGACCUCGAUGGUGGCCUGCAUCGUCGUGAUGAUUUUGGGCAUCGUCGGCAACCUCAUGGUGCCGCUGGUCGUGCUGCGCGGCAAGGACAUGAGGAACAGCACAAACAUCUUCCUGGUGAACCUCAGCGUCGCCGACCUCUGCGUCCUCGUCAUCUGCACGCCCACCGUGCUGAUAGAGGUCAACUCGGGCCCGCAAAUCUGGCCGCUCGGCGAGCACAUGUGUAAAGCCGUUCCCUUCGUGGAGCUGACGGUGGCUCACGCCUCGGUUCUCACGAUUCUGGCCAUCAGCUUCGAGCGGUAUUACGCCAUCUGUGAGCCUUUAAGGGCCGGAUACGUGUGCACGAAGACGAGGGCCACGAUUCUCUGCUUCCUGGCGUGGCUGGCGGCGGCGCUGUGUACCAGCCCGAUACUGUUGAUGGUGACGUACGAAGUGGAGAACGUCGACGGCACGUACGUGCCGAUGUGCAUGACCCCGGCGUCGGCCACGUGGAUGACCGGCUUCAUCCUGACGACCAUCGUCGUGUUCUUCGUGAUACCGCUGCUGAUCCUGAUUGUGCUCUACACGGUGAUCGCCCGGCACCUCAUGGCGAAUCCGGCCAUCAGCCGCGGCCCGGCCAACAAUCUGCUCAAGUAUCGCAAGCAGGUGGUGCUGAUGCUCGGCACAGUGGUGCUGUGCUUCUUCCUGUGUCUGUUGCCCUUCAGGGCAUUCACCCUCUGGGUCAUCAUCGUGCCGCCGCAGAUGGUCAUCUCGCUCGGUACCGAGGGCUACUACUGUCUCUUGUACUUUUGCCGGGUGAUGCUCUACCUCAACUCGGCCAUCAACCCGAUCCUCUACAACCUCAUGUCGACCAAGUUCCGGGAGGGCUUCCUCAGGCUGUGCGGCUUGGGGCCUACCAGGCGCAAGAAGAAGAAGACGUCGGAACGCACCGGCACUUACACCACCACCGGCUCCACCAACUGCAGCAGCAGCCACUCGGACUUUUGGCGCAGGCACAGCAGCAACAAGAGCUGCAGCGUCAAGGUACCGUGCGUCGAGCACGAGAACGCGCCCGCGGACAAGCAGAUCAGGCUACCCUUACUUACGGCGGUCGUGGCCGGGAGUAUCGCGAGGAAGAAGCAGGAGAGCUACGUUUAAUCCCGAGAGCCGACCCGGGAGUGACGAGCCACUCAACUUUGCUUUUCUCGACUCGUUGUUGUUGCGACAAUACCCCGACGAACGGUGACUCGCUGAUGCGAGGUCAUCGGUAGCCGCCAACAUCCAUCGACGUAGCGUUCGCUAACUGUUAAAUGUUUAUUGGAUGUUGCCGCGACCGCGUUAGAGCUUAGACACGACUCGCGAGUCUGAACGAAAGAGUGUGUAUGUGUGUGUGAGAGUAUAAUAAUUGUAUUAGAUAUUCGCUGCGAGACGAAAUUGCAGUGUCUUUGGUUCCUGGGACGCGUCGGAUCGAGCUGAUCGAGAUACUUUGGCGAGUGCGUCAUGCAGGCGAGAGAGAGAGAGAGAGAGAGAGAGA